UGCGAUACACACACACACAUACACACUCAUGGCUCCGGGGAAAUAUUAUGGAGAGACCAGGGCAAUGGGACUGCUCCUCUUGAUCUUGCUGGCAAAUCUGGGAUUCGCACGGUCCCAGUAUCAUGUAAAGCUUGUUAAUGGAACUGAUCAUUGUUCUGGGCGCGUGGAGGUGGUGAACAGCACCGGGAGAGGCACUGUAUGUCAUAAUUAUUGGGACCUGAAGGAUGCUGAGGUGGUGUGCAGACAGCUGGGUUGCAGAGCGCCUCUGAGCGCCCCUAGUGACGCUUGCUUUGGAGAAGGAACUGCAGAAACCUGGUUUGAUGAUGUUCAAUGUUCAGGCAGUGAAAGCUCUCUCAUAUUGUGUAACAAAAAAACGUCUCGCCUUGAUUGCAGUCAUAGAAAGGACGCAGGAGUCGUAUGUGAAGGCACUGCUCAGAGGUCUUGCAACAUUGCCUCCUCUGCCUCAGCUGUGCGACCAGGAGAGCAGGUGAAGAUCACCUGCUCCAGAUCGCCACAGAGGUGCACGACUGUCAACUUCUUCCUGUUCAAACAGGGUCUGUUCGUGGAGAAGUCAGGCUCCUCGACAGACUCAGCAAAUUUCACUCUCUCCAAAAUGGUGGCCGGUCACCAGGGGCAAUAUACCUGUCAGUUUGAGUACUCAGGAACCAAAAUCCGGUCCAGCCAGAGUGAUGCUGUGGUCAUCACUGUCGUGAGUCUGAGCAAGCCCAGCAUCUCAGGGGGUCAAGGCUCGUGUCCAGACGCGACCCCUGAUGCCCAGGGUUCAGAGGUCACCAGAGGUCAGGCCUUACAGGUCACCAGAGGUCAUGCUUUCCACAUCUCCUGCUCCUGUCAGUCAGAGCACGCCGGCUCUUUCCUGCUGCAGCAGAUCAGCCCUAAUGGAACCCUGACCAGUCACCAUGGCAACUCUUCAGCCAGGGCCCAUAGCACCAGCUCAGCCUGUUUCCCGUUCCACACAGCUGACCUGUAUCACCGCGGCAACUACAGCUGUGUGUAUCAGGUGACAGUGGCAUCUCACAACUUCAAAUCUCCUGAAAGUUACUUGAUGGCCGUCACUAUCACAGCCUCAUUUCUCCUCCCCAUCCUGGCGGCAGCAGGUGGGCUACUUUUCCUCAUCAUCAUCCUCAGUCUCCUCAUCCUCCUCUGGAGAUGUCGCCGUAGCAACAGAGACAAGACUCUAUCUACUGACACAGGUGCAGUGAGGAGCCGUGAGCCUGUGGAGGAUGACGACAGAGACUACGAGUCAGUAGACGACGACAAUGACGGAGAUGAUUAUAUCAACAGCGAGACGCUUGGGGGAAGGAGAAAGAAGAGCUUGGAGGAAGAGGAGGACUACAUCAACACAGAGACCCUGGGCGAGGGGAAGAGGAGGAGCACAGACCACAAAGGUGACGAAGAUGAAGAGGAAGAGGAGGACUAUAUCAACACAGAGAGUCUUGGGCUGGAUGAAGACGAGGAAGACUACGUGAACACAGAGACCUUGGGAGAAAGGCCGAAUUACGAGCAUAUGGAGAUGGAACUUACAAACUAUGAGAGUAAGGAUCUUGAAGACUACGAACGUAUGGGUAAUGACCUUGAGAAUUACGAGCGUAUGGGUAAUGACCUUGAGGACUACGAACGUAUGGGUAAUGAACUUGACGACUAUGAACGUAUGGGGAAGGACCUUGACGACUAUGAGAGUAUGGAUGAGUCACAUGGACAGUCCGAGGAAGAGGACUAUGUCAAUGUGGAUGAGCCUCACUAAGGACUGUUUGAGGAUGGUGCACCAGUAAAACACAGCAGUGUUGAAUUAAAGACUACUGACGAUUAGUAACUAUAGCGCUCUGCUAUAUAGCCGUCUUGAACGGAAGACUCACUGACAGUGCGAAAACAGAAUUAUACCUGUAGUGUUUCACAAACACAGCGGUGUUGAAGUCAGGAUUAUUAGAUUCACAGCAGUGUUGAAUUGAAGACUCACUGAGGAUUAUAGCUCUCUGCAAUUGCAACAGUGUUGAACUGAGGACUC